AUGAUCAAACCCGACGUGCUGGAGCUCCCCGUCGGGGUGCGGCUGGUUUACCUCGCCGAAGGGGGCGCCAAUAUCAUCUAUCGCUUCGUGACCGACCUCGCGUGCGUACCGCUGAAGCUGCACGGAAAGGUACUCCGCCUGCGCAAGGAAACAACGUCAGCCAUUCCGUACCGCGACACGUCUCGGAGCUUCGACCGUGUGAUCCGUCCGUUGUUCGAGCCCGAUGAACUAGUCGACCAGGAGUUGGUGCGACUGCCCGCCGGGCUUGUGCUGCGAUGCAACGAGCAUCUGCGGGUGGCGGAGCGGGAGCACCAGCGGCCCAAGAAACGGCAUGGUGUCUACCUCUCUGCCACCGAACCGUUCGGCCUUCUAAUUACGGACAUGACUACGUUCGGGGACCCGACGGUCGCUACCCUGGCAGAGUUGAAGCCCAAAUGGCUCCUGCAGUCGCCCUCGGCCCCAGUGAACGCCCGCCGAUGCCGUACCUGUGCCUUGCGGGAGAUGAAGAACGAGGAGGCUCGGCUAGCGGGCUUAGCAGGCCAGGAGUCUUUCUGCCCGCUUGAUCUUGUCUCCGACAAGUUCGAGCACGUGCUCCGUGCGACCCGCUUCAUCCAGGGAUGCAAGGAUCCCAUGCUCCUCGCACGGGUGCUAUACCACAACCGCACGCUGCUGAAGCUGCAGUCGCAUCAACGAGCCAUGAAGGAAGUCGGUUUGCGUGGCCCUCCCGCACACUCCCGCGAGAUGUCGCUGGCCAUGACCUUGCGAGACUGCACCAUGUUCAUCAAGAUGCCCCACGACGGUAGCAUCCCUGAUAUCCGACUCGGGGAUUUGGACCUAAAAACCACCACUGGUGGGAAAGCGCAGUACUGGCUUGAGCUGGAGAAGCGACUGGUCUACGAGGGCUGGUACUCAGCCACUCAUAGCAGUCAGAUAGACAUAGACAGCGAAUGUGCCCUCGGACGAAUAUCUCCUACAUCUUGA